CGAGGCGCACUUUCAGGCACCAAGAAAUAGUCGAGAUUUUCCUACAAGCGCGGGCAGGAUCUUGCACAAUAAUGGUAUCACGAUUAUUCCCAUCUAUCUUGGCACAGGAAGAACAAGCACUUUUGCAUCAGUUACAAUGUCGAGCCAAACCUUCCCUAUCACUAUAUUCUACAGUUCUUUGGACCGAUUCAAGAUCGGUUUGAGUGAUCGCGAGAAGGAGGAUUUUGAACUCACUUCAUUGGACGAGGUCCACAAUGUCGUUCUAGAGAUACAGAAAAAGCAUGCCUCGGAGCGCAGAAUGCAGAAUAUGAAACGUAUAGAAUCAUUCCUAGAAGGUAUGGAACAGUAUGGCAGCGUAAUUGAAGUGUUUUUAAACGCCUCUUUGUUUAUUGCAUUUGUCUGGGGCCCGGUGAAAUUCUUACUGCAAGUCGCUAAAAACUGGACCGAGUCCUUGAGCCUUUUGUUAGACGCCUACGAACAAAUCGGAGAGACAAUACCUCAAUUGCUUCAAUACGACAAGCUCUUUACGCAGAAUCCAGCAAUGCAACGAGUCCUAGGAUUAAUCUACCAAGAUAUUUUGGAGUUUCACCGGCGAGCAUUGGUCGUUUUCAAACGCAAAUCCUGGAAGCAUUUAUUCCACUCAGCAUGGAAGAAUUUCAAUGCACAUUUCAAUCGGCUUAUUCAGAAUCUCCAACAGCAUAAGCUAGACAUUGAGCGGGAGGCAUCUUUGAUCGAAGUUGAGCGGAACCAAGUGCAGAGAGAAGCACAAGAAAAGCAAUUCCUGAACGCAGAAAAGCUGGAACGAGAAAAGCAGGCAAUAUCCGUCGUCGAAAAGAUUUCUCCCGCAAACUUUAAUCUCGAUCAAGAAAAUAUCUCCAAGAACUGGACCAAGGAACCACAAUUUGGACUCUGGUUACUGAAAGAUGGCAAGAUGGCGGCUUGGCUUGACUCUAAAGACCUGGACGCUGACGUUCUUUGGCUGAAAGGCAUCCCUGGUGCAGGAAAAUCAGUGCUCAUCUCCCGAAUGAUUGCAGAAACAGGGCCUCUCAAGCCUCUCAUUUUCUUCUACUGCAAGUACGAAGAUCGAAAUCAAAAUUCGCUAAGGGCAGUUCUAAAAGCCUUCCUUGCUCAGCUAAUCCAAAUCAAUCCAGACAUUAUAUCACACAUCCAUGGAGAAGUUUCUGCGAGUAGCGAACUUACUUUAGAGACCCUAGAGUUUCUUAAAAAACUUGUCGGGUAUGCCUUGGAGGGCUCUGAUCCAGUUUGGAUUGUCAUAGAUGGCUUAGAUGAAUGCGAAAAAAAAGAAAAGAAGAAAAUUCUGUCUUGGUUAAUGGACAUCCUAGAAGCCGAAGAGUGUCCCGGACGAAUCCGACUUCUCGUAGUGAGUCAGGAUGAUGGGGAUAUACGCAAAUUUCUUGCCAAGAGGCCAACGAUGUCACUGAACAAUGCCUCUCAACACCAAGAAGCAAUCCGAGCUUAUGCCAGCAGGAAGUCUAAUAAAAUCAAGGCCAAGCUCGAACUCCCAACGUCGAUUGAAAGAAAUAUUAUCGAAUUGGUCACUGACAGGUCCAAAGGGAUGUUCCUUUUCGCUCAUCUAGUGUUGAAACACCUGAAAAGCCAAGUGACGCUCGAGCAGCUUGAGCAAGAAAUUAACCCUCGCCAGUUCCCUACUGAGCUAUAUGACAUAUACGAUCGAAUCAUCAGUAAAAUACACUCAAAUGGUGCUCAACAACGUCUAGCAGCUGAGCGAAUUCUAGCCUGGAUUGUGCGCUGCAAGCGACCUCUGAAAUGGCACGAGGUUCAAUCAAUAUUCGCAAUUGAUCUUCACAACAAGAUUGUUGAUUUUCCAGGUCGCCGUCUAAGAGGUGUUGAUAUCAAAGACCUCUGCGGGUCUCUCGUGGAGAUAUCGUCGAGUGGGGCAAUAGAGCUAGUGCACCACACAGCAAGAUCUUAUCUUCUCGAUCAAUCUCGACCUAAAAUGGAGCCUCGCGUUAAUAUUCGCACUACUGAUCUGGAAAUUGCAAGCACAUGUCUGCAAUACUUGUGCUUUCACUGCUUUGAAGGACAUCUGACCGAUGAAGAGAUAUCCAGUUAUGCUUGGCAAGGAUAUUACUCUUUUCAAGAUUUCGCAACUGCAUAUUGGCUUGAGUACCUUCGGACCAGUUUUGACGCAGAGACUCGUAAUGAUUUGGAAGCUGUCAAACGAUUGUCACUUCUAGUCGACAACUUUAAGAACUUUCAUUCCCGGGGCCAAGAAGGAGUUCGCGAAAUCACGAACACGGCCUCAACGGCAUGCGAGUCGGAAAAAGCCAACCGCACGAUCAGCCAGAUAACAGAUCUUCAAAUGGCAUGGGAGGCACUCACGAAAAGCGAGAACACAUCUGCCAAGCAAGACUUAUCUUAUUUUCGAGAACAACUCGAUAGACGCCGCUCGAUUUUCGAGAAGAUUGUGGUCGAAUUACAAUCGAAUGAUCCCAAAAGAGUCGAACUUUCUACAUUUUACGGUGACCCUGGAGGCUGGUUCAAGUGUUCCAGGAUACAAUGCUUUGCUUUUCACGAGGGAUUCCCAUCACCAGCGACGAAAGAAGCCCACGAAAAGAAGCAUCAACGAGCAUUUCGAUGUCCAUUGGAGGCCUGUCAUUAUUCAGUCAUAGGAUUCUCCAGCGCGGGCGAGCUCAUGCGGCAUCGCUCAAAAAAUCACGCCACGCCUGUCGAAGAACGAGAAGCUACAACCCCACAAUUUGUCAUUCCUGAUAUGGGAAAAGACAGCAGCCUUGCACGUAGCGAACUCAAUGGCAAAAGUCCAAUGGCAAGCUCAAUUUGGUACAGUGAUGAAAGGACAAUGAAAGAUGACCAUUCCAAAAGUGUACUCUCCCAUGACAUCAUGACGAUAUGCGGCAUGUCUGGAGAGAAAAGGUCGUUUAAUCUCAAUACAAACACUCCAGGUGGUGCCGAUAUUAUUGCUUGGCAGAGAAGAUUAGGGGUCGAAGAUGACUGGCUUGCCCUUUUUGACCCCACUUCUUCUAUUCGUGUUGAUGUAGAAUUACAUUACACCUUCCAGCACACGUCUGUAGUUACUUGUGUUAGCUUCUCUAAGGACGGAAGAUACUUGGCAACGGGCUGCAAUAAUGCCUGCCAAAUUUUUGAUGUGGCUAGUGGUAAAAUCCUCUGCAUAUCAGAGUCUCCAAAUUCCCAGUCUGGCAAGGGAAAUUACUGUCGAGGUGUGCGUUUCAGUCCGGAUGGCAGACACCUUGUAAGCUGCUGGGAAGCAAAAUACGCCAUUGAAAUACGAUCGAUCAACGAUGAAGGGUUUUGCGCCGUAACGCAACAACUCCUUGGGCACGAGAGCGAUCCCUACUCCGUUGAUGUUAGCAACGACAAUUCCCUUGUCGCUUCCUGCAGUGGCGACAAGACAAUCAAAAUGUGGGCCUUUCCCAUGGGUUACUGUCUCAACACGUUCAGAACUGAACAUGGGCUGUCGUGUGUUGGAAUAUCACCUGAUUCCAGACUCGUAGCUGCUACUAGCCUCGACAAAUGUGCCUAUAUUUGGGAUGUCAACACUAGUCAACUCAUUGCUUCUCUCAAAGGCCACACCGACUCAGUGUACGGAUUGAGCUUCAUGGAAAGGGGCACGCAAAUUGUCACAGCAGGUCUUGAUAAUGCUAUUAUGAUAUGGGACAUCACGAAACUUUGCAGGGCCAACGAUGAGCCAUAUGAGUACCCUCUCUCUGCUGAACAGAGCAUUGGUCCUUACAAAACGCUUCUAGGGCAUUCGGACUUUGCUUUGCAUGCCACGGCAACGUGUGACGAUCGACGGAUACUCUCCGGAUCUAAAGAUAGGUUUGUUCGCUUAUGGGACCCGAACACGGGGAAAUGCAGCAUGAUAUUGAAAGGCCACAAGAAUAGUGUCAUCGGCAUAGCAGCAGACCCCACAGGCAGAACAUUUGCAACAGCCUCGGGAGAUAUGAAGAUGAGGCUCUGGCGAUACAAGGAAGUAGACAGGGUCUCAGAUGUACAUUUUUUGUUGACGUAAAAGGAGGAAAAUAAUACUCUCAAUACAAUAUAGCCUUGGUGGAGUCCCCGCAUGACUGCCAAAAUGGUAUGAAUUCUCAG